UUUUAUGCCCAUAGAAACAGUGUGUAUAAACACACACAGUCGCCUCCAUCAGCAGUAGCAGCAGGUCCCGGUUUUUUUAAUUUUUUUUUAUAAUUUUCUAUCACUAGCACAUACAUGGCAUUGUCGUGUUCCAGGAGGCUCUUACGCUCCAUUGGUUCAAGUUAUAAACUUUGUUGCACUAAUCACCAGUAUCGAUCUUUUCACGUUCUUUCUAGUGCUUUGCGUGAUCAUGAUGUUGGUGAUAUGCAAUCUUCUUUGGGAUAUUCAAUCUUUAGAAAGGCAGGAUUUCCUUUUAUGGGCAGUCGAAGGUUGUCCACUUCUAUGCUAAGCUCAGAGUCGGGUGAAGGUUCGUUCCCAUCUGACCUUUUAUCCAGAAAGCAGAUGACAACAGCUGAACGUGAUAUAGGGCAAUUACAAGACCUUGUGUUCCCAGUCACAAAUUUCAACAACGAAGACAAAGGACUGAUGGUGUUACCAGGCGAUGUUUUUGAUCUACCCAUUAGGAAGGAUAUCAUUCACCGUGUUGUAAGAUGGCAGCUUGCAAAACGACAACAGGGAACCCAUUCAACCAAAACUAUAAGUGAGGUCAGUGGUACGGGGAGGAAGCCAUGGCGCCAAAAGGGUACUGGUCGAGCAAGACAUGGAACAUUGCGUGGACCUCAGUUUAGGCAUGGUGCUGUUAUGCAUGGACCAAAGCCACGCAGCCAUGCUCAUAAACUCAACAAACAAGUCAGGCGGCUAGGCCUGAAAAUUGCACUCUCUGCUCGUGCAGCCGAAGGCAAGCUUUUGGUGUUCGAUGAUUUAGAGCUUCCGACUCACAAAACAAAGAACAUUGUGAACUAUGUAAAUCAAAUGGAAAAUGCGAAAAAGCUUCUGCUGGUAGACGGUGCCAUAGAUGAGAAGUUAAAGUUGGCCACUCAAAACCUGCAUUAUGUUAAUGUUCUUCCCGUUAUUGGCUUGAACGUGUAUAGCAUCCUUCUGCACGACACAUUGGUAAUGUCUCGUGAUGCUGUCAACAAGAUCGUCGAGCGUAUGCACACUCCCAUUAAUCGCUGAAUCUGUUUAUGUUGAAGUUAGUAUUUUUAACUCGCUCAGCUAAGAGAUUUUGGUAUGUUGGAGUUUUGCAAGUGUAUCGUUGCUUGCUUUGCUAUCUCACCUUCACUUUAAUUUUGUAGGGCCUUUUUAUUGUAGAUUUAUUGGCAGCUUAAAAAAAUUUAUUUAGAUGUUUGAAUAAUUGGGAAGGCCGUUUCUGUUCUUUGGUAUGCUGAUUAAAUUACAAAUUAAAGAUUUGUGGUCAUUGAACUUUUUA